AUGCCCAACCACCAGUGCGUGCGAUGGACGGCGCUCUCGCUCAUGCUAGUCCAGAACUCGGCCUUUGUGCUGGUGAUGCGGCAUUCGCGCAAGCAGCAGCAAUCCCAGGCGGCGCAGUACAACGUAGCUGUGGUCGUCGUGCUGCAGGAGCUCUUCAAGCUCCUCUUCUGUGUGGGCGUCACCGGAGCGCAGAGCCGCUCGCUCGGCGCGGCGUUGCACUCGCUCCGCUCCUCGCCCGCCGCGCUGGCCCGCAUAGCCUUGCCGGCGGCGUGCUUCACUCUGCAGAACAACGUGCUCUACGUCGCCCUCUCCAACCUCCACCCGCUGGUCUUCCAGAUCAGCUACCAGCUCAAGACGCUGCUCACGGCCGCGCUGUCGGCCCUCCUGCUCCGCAAGUCAUUCUCGCGGCAGCAGUGGCUCUCGCAGGUGUCGGAGGGGCAGCCGCACGACGAGGGCGCGCACGAGGCGCGCAGUGCUCCGCUCGGGCUGGCGGCCGUGCUGGUUGCCGCCUCCUCCUCCGCGUUCGCGUCGGUCUACUUCGAGCGGAUACUCAAGGAACCGGCCGCGGCAGAGACUUCGUUGCGGAUCCGGAUGGUCCUCGUGCUUCGCUGCUGGCUGCUCCUUGACGAGGGCCGCGUAGUUCCGUACGGCUGGGUCCUGGAUAGAUAG